CUAAUCAUAAUUUAAUAACAGCAAAUGAACUGUGAAUAUCCUGAACAGAGCACCUAUCAAGACUCAAGACCAGAAACAGAUGACUCGAGUUUAAUGGGGUUAAAGAAGUCACUACCCCCUCCACAUGCCUUAAUGACCUAUGAGAGCUUAGCAAAGAUUUAUUGUGUAUGCCCAAUCUCUCAGUAUCCGAGCAUGCUUUCAUUACCUUCUUAUGGACCAAAGUUUUCAAGCGACUUAAAACUUGAACUUGAUUCUGCAAUUCCAUUGUUAGACCCCGAACUUGCGAACCUUAAUUUGGAUCUACAAUCAAUGACAAGGGAAGAAGUUUACUUUGAACUCCUCAAAGGGUACCAAUACCAGACCUUGUCACACUUUGAUGACAAGAAGCAGCGUAGCAUGCCUCUCUACAAGUGUGGAAUACCUGGUUGCGGCAAAAUCUUGCAGAAGCUUUGGAACCUCCUUGACCAUGUCAGAAUGCAUGCAGGUGUCAAGCCAUACAUUUGCAAGUGGUGCGGAAAUCGCUUCACUCAGAAGGGCAAUCUCAAGAAGCAUGUUAAACAGCACAUCAGGCCAAACGUCGAUGACCGUAGGAGGUACAACUGCAGGUACUGCUCCAGAUCAUACACUGAAAGAUACAACCUUAAGAAUCACAUGAGAAAGUGUCAUCCAGACAAGCAAGGAAGCAUAUAAGCCAAAUACCAUAACCCAAACUCUUCUUUUUCAUGACUUCCAGAGA